GAACGCCUCGUAACGCUCUCAUACCUUCGCAUAUCCACUUGUCUGGAUCCAUUACCCUAUACGACUCUUCACGAACAUUGAUAGACAGAGGUGCUUGGCUUGACCGCUCCCUCUUGUAUCUCACCCAUCCUUUCGAACCACUCACCACCCCCUGAUCUUGGUUCACACAUUUGUUCAAGAUGCAAUCCACCGACGACAUCAUGGAGUCCACUACUCCCUCUCCCUCAGCAACUGCAACUCCCACGCCGUCCUCAAGCUCGGCCGCACGCCGUCCUCCACGCAAGAGCACCCUUACUCAGCAACAGAGGAACCAGAAGCGCCAGAGGGCUACCCAGGAUCAACUAGUCACCCUAGAGAUCGAAUUCAACAAGAAUCCCACUCCUACCGCGGUUACCCGUGAGAGAAUAGCGACUGAGAUCAACAUGACUGAGCGUUCAGUCCAGAUUUGGUUCCAGAACAGGCGAGCCAAGAUAAAGAACAUUGCCAAGAAGAGCAUCGAGAACGGCGACGACUGCAACGACAUCCCUGAAUCUAUGCGACGAUACCUUGCUCUCCAGGCCAUGGAGUCUGGGAAAUCGAUAGGAAGCAGUUUCCUCGGCCGUGCUGGUGGCAUUCCGUACGGUAGCGGCAUGCUUCUUAACACUGACACUAGCUCUUCGAAAGUCGUCAUUACUCACUUUUCUGUUCGCUCUCUGAGCGUUGGUAGCUGGAGGAGAGUUGGCCAAUCCGCCAUGGAUCUGGUCAUCUUCUACUCACCAGAGAAGUGCUGCAUCACAUACUACAUCAACAACGACUCAGCUGGUUACAAGAUCGAGUACCCCUUCUCGUACAUCAAGAACAUCAGCCUUGACAACGGAGACAUGGCCACAAAUGCCGAGGGUGCCUCUCAACGACCAGGAGGUCUUGUCGUGGAACUCAACCGUCCACCGAACUUCUUCAUGGACUCCUCUGGAUCAGGUGGCUUCUUCCAGUGCGGCGAUUUCACUGAGGACCAGCAGGCAUCGCAGGUUCUGGUCCACCACCUUGGUGGCCACCCUAAGGUGUUGAGCGGACAACUGGCAAAACUUGUCUCACUGGAAGCGUUUCAGAACCGCCAUAACAUGUACGACCCCCAUGCCAUUGCAGUCUCGGCGCCCGUCUCCCCAAUCAACUUCCGUCCUGCAUCCCAACCCAACCAUGUGGUACAUCCCCACAGCGGUAUGUUUCAUGACUCCCACCUCACACCAAGUCCUUUCCCACCGCGUGGUCACAAGCGCCAGCGUUCUCGGUCUGUACCUGUGGCGGUUGACUUCUCGAUGCUGCGUCAUCCCAUGCCGUCCUUCAUGAUUCAGCCCGAGCCGUCACCGUACAUCCCGAACCCGGAGAUCUUUGCUCCUGUUCCUCACUCUUCGUCAGGGCCCAUUGGCCCACACCUGAGCAUUGACACCUCCGCGGGUUACGGUAUGGGCGAUUAUCGCCAAUACCCCAUGUCAGCCACAACGGCUAACUCACCCUCUGAGUAUGGCACACCGUCAUUCUACUCAUCUGGACCUCAGAACGAUAGCAUCCCUGCUUCGAACUUUGGUCAACAGUACAACAUCCCGCCAUAUGUGCACACACCUAUGGGCCCGCCUCCCCACUCGGCAGCGUUGACUUCUCCAAUGCCACCAAUGGGUCACCAUGACCCCAUUAUCGCCAAUCAGUCACCGCCACUCAACUCCUUCGGUCGCGAUGGCUCUGCGGAUGUAUAUCCCAUGUCUCAUGACCAGGGCAUGUCAGAUGAGACGCUUCACAUGACAGACAUGUACGCGAAGCAGAACCUCAACCUUCCCUUCCGAUCACCUCUGAUGGAAGAGAACGUUGAUGACCUGGACAUGCAAAAUCUGGUCUCUUUUGGUACACUCGACCCUUCGGGUCUGUCGCCUGAACAUCACCACCAGAUGUAACCAUGGCAUGGAUUUGCGUUUCU